GCGGCCUAUGCUCCAUUAGGAGUAAAAGGCGUAAUUAAGUAAGGAACCACAAUUUCUCCUCGUCUGUGAUGUCAGUGAUCCAUAUUCUUAGUUUCACUGUAUUGAAUACCGUUUUCAAAUUAAUAUUAAUCAAGAAAGCACUAAAUGUCAAUAACUGGUUGAUUAACUGACUCAUUUAUUUGUAGAAAUGUUUUCAAGGAUUACUUUUAACUAAAAUAAAAAAUCAGUUUAGCGGUUGUGGAGAUUGUUAAGUUUUUGACUGAGAUCAUGAACCGACUGAUGUUAGACCAGCAUUGAAAAACUGGAAGCACUGGGCGGCCGUUUCGUUCUGGGUUCGAAUCCCACGAGCGGGAUUGUGGAUACGCAUUGCUGAGGAGUCCCACAAUAGUACGAAACGGUCAUCCAGUGCUUACAGGUUUUCCAUGGUGGUCUAGAUUCAAUUGACUCGUGAUCUCAACUAUUCAAAUAGUAUUAUACAAAUAGUCGAUAUGUCAUAAUAGUAGCAACAACAAUAUCUUAACUAGUAGAAAGUUACAAUUCCUAAUAUUUUCUGACUUAAUGAGGUCAAUAUUUUCAGAGAAGAAAUCAAGCUUUUCUUUUUAAAUGAACACUUGUUCGACUAAUACAAGGAAUAAAUUAAAUCAACUAUUUAGUACAUGCAUAAAUAAGUUUGGUUAUGCUAAUAUAGUGUUAUAAAGUCAAGGGCAAAUCUUUAUUUUUUCAUUCAUAUAUGCUUGUGAAUGGAUAUGAAAAUUAUGUAAUACUAAUAUACAUACUUGCCAGUUCCGGAGUGAACAUCAACUCUGAAAUGCAAGUACAUCCAGCUGACAAGUCCCAAAUAGGAUGAACGCACGUCAAAACUGGAUUCCACUACUAGCCACUAUCCAUCUUUGCUUAGAUAAACAGUUAUGUUUAGAAAAUAAACACAGUUGUCAAUAAAAUUCCAUUAUCCAUUAAAUCAUAUAAAUAGAUUUUAUUAUAUUUAUUCUUGUUGAAAGCAUCUAUUAACUCAUUUAAAUUCUUAAGUGGAUGAUAUUUUAAUUGACAUAUAUAUAUAAGUAUAAUAGUAUGUUUAUCUGUUUAUGAAAUUCAGUAUUGAUUCAGUUGUUUAUUUUAUUUGUAUCAACUAUGUGUUUUGUUACUAAGAUGAAAAAAUAAAAAUAUAUUUAACCGUAAUGAGUUAUGAAGAUUGUUUAAUAAAGAAAAUCAACAAAUCAAAAUCAAUUCAAUAUUACAUUAAAAAAAAAAAGAAGAAGAUGAGUUUCACUAGUAGUAAUUCUUAUUCUAUACUAGUGAAUGUAUGAAAUGGAACUUUGUGUAUGUUUUCAACUUAUUUUUUUACUCUAAUGUAUAACAACAAUUUCACAUACGAUCAAAUCUAUCAUAUUCAAACCUCUUGAUGAACCUGCUAUAUUUGAACAAUUUGCUGAGAGUUUAUUGAUUAACACUUUAAACUUCAAUUAAUGAGGUUUAUAGUGUAAAGCAUCAUAUUAAUUUAUUAGUGAGGUAGUUUCAUACUUCAAGUCAUAACUUUCCAGUUGAAUAUUGCAGUUUUUAUUUUGAAGUUGGUUAAUAGCAAAAAUAAAAUUAAAGACAUGUGAAUUGAUGUUUCAGAAAUAUUUGCCAACUAUGCAGAGGGUUUUCUUUAUAAAAUGAAAAAAAAUAUUUUAUAGUUGAAUUCAUGAGUCACCAUGGAAUACAUGGAAGCAGUGGACGUCACUGGAUGAUGCGCAUUGCCGAGGAGUCCCAUACUAGGACGAAACAAAUGUCCAUUUAUUAAUCUUAUCGACCUUAUUAAAUAUCCAGUAUCUCAUUAUCCCGUUUCUUAUCCGUAUUCAGUGUAGUUACAAACUCGUUUUAAUUGUUUAAUAUGGAUGAAAUUUUAUGUAUAAGAAUGGUACUAAUUUCAAUCUUGGACCGUUUGCAGCUGAUGAGGCACCUCAAAUCAUGAUAGAUUAAUCGUAUUUUGAAGAUUUUAUCCUUUACGUUUGAUUUUUAAUUGUUGAAAACAUGUGCAUAAUACCUGUUGGUUCUAAUACGGUUUCUUCAGUCAUGUUGAUUCACUCCUAUAUACAAUAUCUGUGACUUAUGCAUAAUAGAUGUUGUACUCAUUUAGUGAGUAGCGUAAGCAAAGUCAGCCUAUGAUGUCAAUUUCCUGAAAACUAGAGGAUCUCAAGAGGUUUCCCUUUGUAAUAAUGAUAAUAAUUUAGGCACAAGUUAAUCUUAGUCAAGAAUCUUGAUGGUUCCAGUGGUACACCAUAUUAGGUGAAUUUCAAUGACAUAAAAAGUAAAACAGUUACUCACCAUUGCUUUUGGAUAAUAUUAUCCACUAUUGUAUGGUGAUUGUUGCCAGUAAUGUAAAUUAUUUAACCCGAGUUCAGUGAUUAGGAGCUAACGCUCCCACCGUACGAUUACUGGUCGGAUCGUUAGUGAACAGUGUUCAGGGUUUCGAAACUAAGAUGAAAAAACUAAUUAGUUCUUCCUGAAUUUCAUCACAUAUCUAUUCAGUGGUAAGUUGAUAGAUCUUAUGUUAUUAAUAAAUUGUACUGGUUAUAUAAUUUUCUAUUUAAUAUUUAUCAUAGUGCAUCAUCCAAUUAAAAAUACACUACAUUCUCAUAUUCUCUUUUGUAGUUACAUUCACAAGUUGUUAAUAAUAUAUUAACAUGUCUUUUGGCUUUUGGAAUGAUAGCAGUCUAUAGUUGGAUGCUUAUUGAAGGAAUACAUCUAAUGAAUAUUUUAUUCCUAACAUUUAUUGUUAGAAGGUUUCGUUUCACUUGCUAUAGUAUCAUUGGUUGGGGGAUUCCAUCUGCAUUGACGUGUUUGUGGGCAACCGCAAAAUCAGUGAAAUUAGGACAUACACAUCUGUGGACUGAACCAACUACAUCUGACCCUGAAGGGAUACUUGUUGUUACAUCAAUUCUUAUUACACUUGCAGUAAAUUUUUUUAUUAUGUCCAUCACAUUAUUCAUGCUACUGACAAAACUUCAUAGACAACCAACUGGAAUAGCGGGUAGUCGAAAAACAAAAGUCAAUAGAACAAUUGAACUACAACGUCAGCGUUCACGUGGGACACGUCAACUAAGAUUAUUAUCGAAUAAUCCAAUUACACUAAGUAACAAAUUAACCACAAUAACAAUGACAGGGUCAGAAAGAGUAAACAAAUCUCAGGUUGAAUUACAAUUAAACGAUAAAACUGGUGUACAGCAAGAAAGAAUUAAAACAAUAGACAAUAACAACAAUAAUUCUAUUACUACUAUUGCUAAUACCAAUAGUAAUAAUCAUAGCAAAAUUAAUAUCACUGCUGAAAUAAUUAAUCAAGAUGCACAAACACCAAUUAUACCACUAAAAACAAUCCUAGGAACAACUUCAACAAUAAAGACAGCAGGAGAUAAUAUGCAGUUAACAACAGGCAAUAAGAUGAAAACGAAAUUUCUAAAAUCAUUUUCAAAAACUUCAAAUGCUCCAUCAUAUUCAGCAGCUGCAAGUAUCACUUCUUCCGUAAAUUCAAAUGUUUCAGGAACUCAGCCAAUUAAAUCUGAUGUAACAAUUACUAUGGAUGAUAAAGUUAUGAAUAAUAAACAUACAAACAAGUGUGAUAAAAAAGUUUGUAAAAACUCUUCAGUUAAUCAAUGGAAAACCAGCAAGUAUUUCCAACGCAAAAGUAUUGACAGUAGUUUCCUAUCUUCCCCUGCAAUACGUAUAAAAGAGAUUAGGAAAGCCAUCAAAGCUAUAAUAUUUCUGAUGCCAUUGCUGGGUUUUUCACAGUUAAUAUUCUUAAUACCUUAUAGUAAAGAAUUCGGUAGAGUAUUUGAUUAUAUCAACGCAAUUAUGCUUUCUACUCAGGGUUUCUGGGUUACGUUAAUUUAUUGUUUCCUAAAUUCCGAAGUUCAACGUGUCCUUCGUACAAGAUGGCGUAUCUUAUUUCCAACUUUAAAAACUCAAUUAUCAGAACGUAUUCAACAAAAACAAUCAUUUAUAACAAAUCCAAUAUUAUUAUCAAAUAAUAAUUAUGAUAUAGAACAACCAUAAUUUUAAUUAUUACCGAGAUAAGAUCAUUUAAUCACCAGUAUUGCAAUGUUUUCAUUUGUUUCUAUCUUAUAUUAAUUAUGUAAUCUGAUACUGAAGACUUGAAGUUAUACAUUUACAGAUAAUACGUUCAAAAUGAAAUCUCGAUCUAUGUGAAUUUUAUUACACUACUAUUGAUUCUCCUACAUUUAGAUUCCUUUGUAUUUUAUCCGGACAUUUCAUUAUGGUGAUAAUGAUUUAAAUUUAGGAUUGUAAAGCUGCUUCUAAUUUCAUCUUUGUUUUCUUCAAAAACUUCUUAUUAAAAUAUUACAAUCUAUUUUUCACUUUUCAUUCUAAUGGUAUCAUAUUCUCUAAAGUAGAUUAUUUGAUUCUAGAACUUUUAUUAUAGUUCUGGAUGAUAACAUCAUCACCUUCCAAUUUGUAUAGAAGUGAACAGUAUGACAGAAACAUUCAUUUCCAUAUAAAGUAUAAACUGAUAAUAAUAAUGUUAUUUCGAACAACAAAAUCAUUCAAUUUAUCUUUCAAUCUUCACUAGCGCUUUCACUACCUUUCCAUUUACAAUUUCUAUUACAUCAAUGUCAUAUGAUAUAUUUGUCAAUUUACUGAAAUAAUUUUACUGUUUAUUAUUCGAAAUCCCUCUUCAUUCAUAUAAUAUUCUAUAAUAAUAAAUAUUUCCUACAA